AUGCUGCAUCCGGAGCUGUUCAAGUUAGUAUCCGAGUACUUGGGUAUUCCGUACGCUCAACCGCCCAUCGGUACCUUACGCUUCCAGCCUCCUGCGAAGUUCGUUGGAUCCUCGACUCUAAACGGCUCCGCUUUUGGACACCAAUGCAUGCAACCAAUCACCAACGCUACCAUCCCCGAUGGUAUCGCGCAGCUUGGGGUCCCCACUUCGGCCGCUUCAGUACUCACAGUGCUUGCCGACGCUGGUCCUCAGGACGAGGACUGCCUGACGCUGAAUGUCUGGACUAAGCCACAGGUGGGUGACAAUAAGAAGGCUGUGUUAGUCUGGAUCCACGGUGGCGCCUUUACAACAGGAAGUUCUCGCGUCCCUGCAAACAAUGGACAGUUCAUUACGGACCAAACUGAUGUUGUGAUGGUGUCCUUGAACUAUCGCCUUAAUGUCUUUGGAUUCCCCGGCAACCCCAGUUCCGCCCCAAACCUCGGACUUCUUGACGUUCGUCUAGCUGUACAAUGGAUCCGCGACAACAUAGAGAACUUCGGUGGCGAUGUCAAUAGAAUUACUCUCUUUGGCCAGUCUGCUGGGGGCUCUCUGGUUGACUACUACUCGUACGCAUACGCAUCUGACCCUAUCGCCAACGGGUUCAUAGCUAUGAGCGGCACUGCAAACGGGUUCGGCAUCUUCACUAACGAGACCGUAAAUGUGAAGUGGUUCAAUAUUACUUCUGCCGUUGGCUGUGGUAAUGCCCAAACCGCCCCCAUGGCUGUCAACAACUGCAUGCUGUCCAAGACCUCGGCAGAAAUUAUGGCAGGAGUGGCAUCGAGUGGUAGUAGCACCCCGGGCGGGACCUUCUUUGCACCUGUUGUGGACGACACUCUCGUUUUCGCCGAUUACAGCAAGCGAGAUUCAGCAAAGGGGGGUUACAUUGUCGGCAACACCGACAACGAGGCUGGCCUUUUCAAGCUUGGGGCUCCGCAAUUCAAUGAGACGUUCUGGGCCGGCUUCAACCUCAUUGGCUUCGACUGUCCUGCAGCGAGAAGGGCGACACGAGCGGUUUCUGCCGGCCACCCGACAUGGCGGUAUCGUUACUUUGGUAACUUUCCUAACAUGGUCAUCACCACAACACCGGCUAGUGGAGCAUGGCACACAUCAGAGCUCCCUGUUUUGUUCGAUACGGCACCUCAGUCACCAGUCACUAGUACCCCGGAGGAGAUAGAGGUUGGAAGGUAUUUCCGUGGUGCCUGGGCUGCCUUCGCCAAGAACCCAACUUCAGGUCUGCUUCAGUUCAAUGGAAACCAAGCGUGGCCUAAUUACCAAGCUGACGGCACCAAUGUCAACCGCAUUGCUUUUGAGAACCAGACGGUCACGAACCUGGCACCAGGCUCUGCAUUUGACGGGUCUUGUGCGUUGGUUGGCAUUCCGGUUGCAUAA